UUGAGAGGGGGUCAACCUCGUCCCCGGGUCUCUUUUCUCGCCGCCUAUGGCCACAGAAAACAUUUUUUUAACAGUCUUCAACCCGCUGGAAGGUAUAGAAAUACCAAAAUUCAAAAAAAGUGACACCAAUGAAGAGAAAUGUAACGCCGUAUUAAACCAACGGAUUUUGGACAUUUCACGCCGUUUGUGAAAGGGAGAGGAUGUGAAGCUAAAUCUUUUUACAAAUGAUUAAGCGAGUCACUAGCUAUCAAGAGAAACAAGUAUUUAUCUGUUAAGUGAAAUGCUAUUCUCAAUUUCAAUCAAUAUUUUUAUUUUUAUCAAAUCAUGUUAUAUAUAAGAGCGCGCAUCAGGGGAGGCGGGCGUAAAGUGUUUUAGGGGAGGGAUGAUGAGGUUGUUCAGGGCGGAUCUUUAAGACGCCCACCCUUUACUCUGUGUGCACGACAUGAAAGAACAGUCAAAAUUUCUCUGUCUCGCUCAUCCAUUCGGUUAAAAAAAACAAGAAACAUGGGUGAGAAAGUCAAUAACAACCUAACUUAAGAUGGAGAUUGUGGUCGGAACUUAUAACCAUGUGCUAUUUGGUUUCAAUUUUGCAAGAAAUUGUGAGGAUGGUAAAGAGGAAUGGCAAUUUAAACCAUUAUUCACUGACCAAGGCCAUACUGGAUGCAUUAAAUCUGUAUCUACAGGAGGUAGAUAUCUAGCUUCUGGCAGCACAGAUGAGACUAUAAGAUUAUUUGAUAUGAAAAAACAUCUUGAAUUGGGAACGUUAGUUUCUCAAUCUGGGACUAUCACUUGUAUAAUGUUUUGUGGAACAUCACACAUGUUGAGUGGUAGUGAAGAUGGCACAAUCUGUAUAUGGAAGUGCAAAACAUGGGAACUGGAGAAAACAUUAAAGGGUCAUAGAGGCGCAAUUCACUCAAUUUCACUUCAUCCAUCUGGUAGGCUUGCGCUGUCAGUUUCAAAGGAUAAAACAAUCAAAACAUGGAAUCUUUUAACAGGAAGACCAGCAUACACAACUAGCCUGAAGGAAGUUGGUGAACUUGUUCGCUGGUCACCUACUGGAGAUUCUUAUGUUGUUAUAGUUGGAUGUAAACUGACUGUUUACAAAAUAAGUGGUGUUGAUGAACCACAUGUAUAUCGUUGUGAGAAGUAUAUUCUUACCGUUGAGUUUGUCACUGAUUCAAUACUAAUAAUUGGUGGAGAAUCAGAUGAUGUCAUCUUGUAUAACUUUGAGAAGAAAGUGGUGCUGCAAAGAUUUGCUGCUCAUAAAACAAGAACAAAAGCACUUUCAAUCGCACCACAUCCUUAUGAGCCAAACAAAUUUUUACUCUUUACUGUGGCUUCAGAUGGAAACCUGAAAGGGUGGUGUUUGAAUCAACAAAAUCUUGAAGAAGAACCCAAGCUUCUUGCUGGUCUUGAUAUUCCUGGUCGACCGACAUGCAUGACUUUAAAGUUGUCGCCUGCGAUAAAGAAUCCUACUGAAAUUGAUGAUACUAUAAAUGUAAAAUCACCGUCUUUGUCAAAAAAGAAGAAGAAUGCGGAUAAUUUGGAAAGACAAAUAGAUUUAAAGAAGAAAGUCAGAAAGAAAAAAACUACAUCAACUGGUGAUUAGAAGAUAUUCUCAGUCUGUUUUUAAAGGUUGAAUAUCACCUCGUCCUCCAAGUGCUUGAAAAAACAUGCGCUCUUCCUUUUUAUCAACACCUUGAUCUAAACACGAUGAUUUUAUUGACGUGAUCGAUAGAAAUGAUUGGAUGAAGUGAAUAAUUAUAAAAUGAUUGAAAUGGAUAAGUGAUUUGCGAAGACAUAGUUUUACUAAGUAUUAUUUAUGACAAAUGAGUAAAUAUGAGAUAGUUUUGUAUUUAUUUAGGUUGUGUGGUCUCAAUGUUUGCUUUUUUAGAGACUUUUGGUGUUUAAACUGCACUACAGUGGAACCUCUAUAGCAAACAUGAAAUGCAGCAGACGCUGCAUUUCAUGUUUGACAUAAGAAGUCUCCUUAUAGAGCACAUUUCUUUUGGUCAUAAUUGUAUCUGGUAUGGAGAGGUCACACUGUGUUUAGUGUUAUUUUUGUGCGUUGUUUUUUAUUGCUAAAUUUCGCAAAUAUUUUUAUUGAAAUUUUACAGAAAGAGAAGUUUGUGAACGUUUUUCUACCUGCUAUAAUAAUGUCAGCUCUGCCGAAACAAAAAUCAUCUCGUAUCAUUCUUGCCACUUCGAUAGCCUAUAAUGAAAAAUAAUAUACACUAAAGAAAGGGUUUUAAUCAGUUCGUUCCAAUGAUAAAAUAAAUCACCUUUGCUCUUUCGAUUUUACUGCUAUCUCUUCCAUUCCAGCAGAAUAUCGUCCACUCGUCAUCCAGAAGGAAUGAAUCUCCUUCGUUAAGUGAAGCAGCUUCUAAAGGAACCUAAAUCAGUCGGUAGUGUCAUUACAGGCUGUUAUGUGUACGCUGUGAUGGAGAUAGUUUAUUUAACGAACCUGAGAAACUCGAACAUUUCUUUUCCCUUUAACUUGAAACAAUCUUUUUACAUAUUGUCCUUGUUGAAAAUGGACGUACUUUGUGGCUGCACCUUGCAAAUACCUAAAUCAUAUGAACUACAAUUGACAACUUGUUUACUUAAAGUAUGAAGGUAGAAGUAAAACCUUAAUGCUAAAAGUAAAUUGCUGACUUCUAGAAUUUAACUUACUUUACUCCUCUGGGAAAUAAAUCCAGAAAUUCUCUUGUUUCGUGGUUUUGAACCUAAGAAAUAAUAUAUUUAUAAACUUUGCGACAAA